GUCCUUGUCUGCAGUAUGUUGACUUUGUUUAACGUCUCUCCACAGAUGGCAUCAGGCUUUCAGUUUGCUUUGUUGCUCUGUUUGUCCAUCGGACUGUUGGCUCCAUCUUGUUGUGGACAAACCUGCUGCCCAGGUUCCUGCCCUCCUGGAUGGACUCAGUUCGGCUCUCGCUGUUUCAGUUUCAACUUCCAGGGAAAGAAUUGGAUCGAUGCAGAGAACUUCUGCAAGUCUGAUGGUGGGAAUCUGGCUUCAGUCCACUCAGAAGAGGAACAUGUAUUCCUCAGAACCUUCAUUAACCAAGUGAGCGGUGCAAACAAACGGACCUGGAUGGGAGGCUUUGACUCAGUGCAGGAGGGUGAGUGGAUGUGGUCUGAUGGAUCCACAUUCGACUACAAACACUGGGGUGCGGGGCAGCCUGACAACAAAGGUGGAGUGGAGAACUGUCUUGAGAUGAACUAUAAUGGAGACAACUGGAACAACGCGCCGUGCAACAUAAUAUAUCCUUUCCUGUGCUCCAAGAAGCUGUGAGGCCUCCCUCCAUCAUGAUCUCACUACAGCUCAUCUAUAAUCUCUAUCAUUGAUUCUCUUUCAGUUUGUUCUGCAGACAGAAACAGCUCUCUGCUGACAGACUCACUUUCACUUGUUUAUUAUCUGAAGAGUUAGGAAACGGUUCACAUUUGAGUUUUAACAUUAGAAGGAAACUGACUCUCUGAGCUGGACAAAAACAUAAUCAGUUAUUGGACUUUUAAUCUAUAAAUAACACAAAAUGAAAUACAGAAAACAUUCAAAUACUCUGACAUCUUUUUCAUUUUAGUUUACUGAAUAUUGUCUGUUAUAACAGCAUCCACUGAUCCAAUAAAAUAA